AUGAAACUGUACCACCCGAGGCUUCACCCGAGGCUUAGCUACUGUACCACCCGAGUCUUAGUGGCCACCCCUGACCCGGUGUCCUGGGAGGAAUUCCGUAAAGCCAUCGAUGAACACACCACGGGGAAAUACAGCGACCCGAAACUUCGCCGCGAGUUGGAGAGGCAGGUCUCAUUCUUUGUGGAAGAACUGGCGAAUUGGGAAACCACAAUGCUCGAAGUAUGGCUUGCUGAGUACGGCUUCGUCUAUGUCGACCCUGCGCUGCCCUUUCGCAGUGGAGUCGAGUAUGGAAGGCACCUUUUCCUUGCACACCUCAGAAGCCUCAAACAAAACAAAUUGGAGGGCGACAUUGUCAGGAAAAUCAGCACGUUUCCAGUUUCAACCAUUGUUGACCGAGGCCGCAUCAAUUGCCACAUCGAAUGUGUAGUUGAAAAGACUUCCUCGGAAAAGAGCACCGUCUCGGCGAUCUCUGUGUUCAUGAUUCUGGAUCUCAACAAGGAAUACAAGAUACAGAGAAUGGAGUUCCGAUACAAGAGACGCAAGAUGAACCGGGGUGAGAAGGGCAAGAUGGAGGGCGACGCGAAGAAAUUCAAGGAGGAAGCACGCGCUCAACGAGUCCUUGUUCCCGAUGUUGAAGUCAUCCAGUGCUCAGAGGUUGACUGA